AUGGAGUUAGAACAAAGACGAAAUCCCGAAGAUGCUUCAGACGCACGGAAUCAAAUUGAUAAUGAUGAACAUCAAAUACCAGAGGUACAUAACGAUGAAAUCAGUAUUUCUUUUGAUUGGAGAAAUUAUACAUUUUUAGAGCAAAAAUUGAAAUUGAAAUUUGCUUCUGAAUUAUGUGAUAUUCCAAAUUUUUUGAAAGCACCAAUACAGAAAUCAGAUGUUAGUAGCAAUCAAAAGACUGAUCCAUUCAAAGAGAUUCGAUUUGCUUGUAAGACUCUGACAGACUAUAUAGACAAUUUUCAAAAAGAUCACAAAUUAGUAGCGUUUACAAUAGAAAAAAUGAUGCCAUUCUUGUCCGAAAUGAUAGACGCGGAUAUGAAAUCAAAGAAUAUAUCUCAUGAUUCAAUCGAACGGCAUAAGAAUGAGAAUUUGGUUAAUGAUGGGUUCGAAGUGUGUGAAAAAUGUAAGGAUCAUUUUUACAAGGAUAUCUCUUCAGAACACCAGAAGACGAAGGAUUUUCAGAAAGUAAAUAUAAAUAGUCCGAUAAAUGAAAUGAAUGAUGAAAUGAUCGCAGCUACUUAUGAAAACGAUGGAACAACCUCUGAAAUGAUCGUGAUCACUUCUAAAAUAAAAGAAUUAUCGCUAAAGUCGGAUGGAAUGUCUUCAGAAGUUGUUCCCGGAAAAAGUACAGUAACUGUUACAAAGAAACAAUUACAAUCCGUCGAAGCUAAUGAUGGAGAAGUUGCAUCAAUUUCUGGAAUAUCAUACGAAAUAGAAAAAAUAGAUUCUGAACUACAGGCAGAAAGAGAAUUUAAAGAAGUAACUAUUACGCAAACUGUAAUUAAAUCUAUUAUUGUAAGCAGCGAAUCGGUGCAAAAGGCCAACCAACUAGCUCUUAGAAAUGCUGAAUUAUUGUUAUGCGACAUUUGCGAAAAAAAAGCAGUGGGUCAGAAAAUGAAAUCUUGCAAUUUACUCACAAAUGAACAAUCAGAGUCCUUCGAAAAGGAGUUUAAUUCCUAUAUUAAAUUCGCCACCGAUAUUAAAAAUUAUAUUUCUAAUUUAAUCCAGCAUGUUGAUGCAAUCGCUUCAUAUGUGAAAUUGAAUGAAAAGAAAUUAUUAUCAAAUGAAGAUGAGACACGUCAACGUUUAAUUUGUUUUGAAAAGGAAUUUUGUAAACACCUCUUGACUUUCUAUGACAUUGCCCUGGCAGGCGAAAAAGCGCGAGAAGUGUUUGAAAAAAUGAAGCAUGAACUGAUUGCUAUAUCUGAUCAGGAAUUAAUCGACUAUGAAAGCAUGUUUAUCAGUCAUUUGUUAAGUUUUGCAAUCUUAUCACGAACCUUUGAAGCAGCUUGGGAUGUUAGUGAUGCCUACCUUGACAUAUUACACUGCUUGUUCAUUUUGCUGGUUGAUGUCGAAAAUAUUUCGAACGAUUCUUUUCAAGGAUCUAAUCUUGCUUUCUUAAACAAAUUUCAUGUUAAAAGUACCAAUGUUCAUAAAAAUGCUGCAAUAUCAGAAAAACUUAAUACUCAGGAACAAACCAUUUCAAAAAAGACACCCACUCCAGCAGCGACAUCGAAAAAUACGGCAAAAUCAUCACCGGAAAGUAAGGCGAGAGCAUCACUGGAAAAUAAGGCGAAAGCGUUACCGGAAAAUGAAACGAAAACUCCACUAGAAAGUGAGACAAAAACGUUGCCGAAAAACAAGACGAAAGCAUUACCGGAAAAUAAGGUAAAAGCAUUAUCGGAAAAUAAAACGAAAGCAUUACCGGAUAAUAAAGCAAAAGAAAAGACAUAUGUAUGA